GCCACCUCCAUCCACCAAACGAUGCUGCACUAACUCCUGUCUGAGCUCAUCCUCUAAAUUAAGGAUUAUGGCCUCUUCUGAUUUUGAGGGAAACAAGUAUCGCUCCUUCAUCUAUGGCGAAGGUGAGAGGAACACCCAAUGGAGGUUUGGUGCUCCUCCCAACUUUGAUCUUGUGGACAAGCUCUUUGAAGAAGGUCGAACUCAGGAAUGGCCAGUCGGAUCCCUUGAAGAAAAAGUGCAGCGAUUGGUGAAGACAAUGGAAAUGGAGUUGAUGCACAAGAUACGGUCAGAAGACCACAAAAUCAUCGACCACGAGAAUUUUCGUUUCAGUUUAAAUGGAAGAGAAGGAAUAACACAUCAAGGUAUUCGUGAAAUGGGAGGAAGCUACAAUGCCUUCUUGCAAACCAGCUUGCCUGAAGAUCUCCGGAUCUACGAUCCGGCACAAGAAACAAUAGAGUCAUCUCACAAGGCCUUCACUACAACAUUUCCUCGUGGAUUCGCUCUUGAAAUACUCCAAGUCUACAGCGGCCCUCCCACGAUUGUGUUCAGGUUCCGGCACUGGGGUUACAUGGAGGGUCCUUUCAAGGGGCACGCCCCAACUGGGGAGAAAGUAGAAUUCCAAGGAAUGGCCAUUUUUCACGUUGAUGUAGAGAUGAGGGUUAAGAAGGUGGAGUUCUUUUACGAGCGUGGUGACUUUCUUGCUGGCUUCCUCAAAGGUGCACCAACGGACGACGCAUCAGCAACUACCUCGCGCUGCCCUUUCGCAGCAAAUUAAGAGAGAGAAAGCUACAGUGAAGACAACAAAGGCAGAAUAAAUUAAAUAGCCAGCCCAAGUCCUUUUUUUUUUUUUUUCUUCAAUAAGGUGGUUCAUUCAAAUAAUUCGCCAGCCCAAGUCUAUUACCACACACCUCUUGCCUGUAUCGUGAUGUGGUAGUUCUCAGUGGAGCCGUCGCCUUACCGUAGAGAGCAUCCUCUAUAUUUUGUCCUUGAUCGUACGAUCGAUGUUGCUGUGGUACUUUAUCUUUUAGUCGUUGCUGUUGAACUAUUUAUAAAGAUAUUUAUAUGAAAAUAUUUGAAUAUAUAUGAUUUUUAGUCACA